AAUAUUUGAAAUUGUUUUGCUUGAAAAGCAUCUGAAAUAUCAACCGUUAUAUAAACAGUCAAAAUUAUGCCUACUAAAGGUUUCUAUUAUGGGAUUAUUUUGACUAUCUCUUUUGUCUCCUUACUUUCUGCUUGGUGUACACAUCCUAUUACAUGCCCUUGUGGUGACACUAGACGGGCAAUCUACUACACGCAUUGUAUAAACGAAACAUGGGAGGAAAAAAUCACAUGUGAAAGAUGGGCCAAUUGCAAGACUUGUAAAUCUAAUGUCACACAUUGCCUAUCAUGCAUCCCGGAACGCUUUGGUCCUACAUGUACAGAAGUGAAAGGAAAAAGAAAAACCUGUCAAGAUCCAGGUUUACCUGAGAAUGGAAAUAGGGAAAACCCAGCCGGAGCAGAUGAUGAAUUUCCUAGGUCUUUUCUAGAGAGAGAGACAGUGCAUUUUUCCUGUAAGGACGAUUUCAUUCUUGUUGGACCUUCUUUCAUCACUUGCACAUCAGCUGGCACCUGGUCUGAUUUUCUGCCAAAGUGCGAAAAGCCCGAAAGAGCAAAAGAUCCAGCAACAGAAAAACCCUGUAAGCACCCUGGAGUACAUGCUAAUGGAAUAAUCGAAUAUCCUGAUUCCAUUGAGGAGGAUCAGAUGUUUCCUUCUACUACCACACUGAAAUAUAAAUGUAGAGAUGGCUAUAAACUUUACGGACACAGUGUUCUGUUCUGUUUGUGCUCUGGUCAAUGGACUUCAGAUCCUCCCAUUUGUAUGCCUGAAGGUAUUGAUCUUGGCAGCUCUUCAGUUCACUGUGAAGGUCGUGGUCCUAUUUCGAACGGCCGAGUUGUUGAAUACCAUGAUUUGGAUCGUCAACUACCAUCCUAUGAUGAAUAUGGUGCACUAUAUCCUGUUGGAGCUCAUCUUCACUAUAACUGCAACGAAGGAUAUCAUUUACGAGGAGCAAGAGCUGUUAUCUGCGAAUCAUCUGGUUUGUGGUCUGCAAAAGAACCACUUUGCAUUGAAGAUUCUAAUGUCGUCAAGAAACCUGCUACAUAUGAUGAUAAUAUAAGCAAGAAUUCUGACUCGAAUACUAAUAAUAUAAUCAGGAAUUUAAUUUCGAAUACAAGAAGAUCCAAAUCGAAGCAUGAAAAGGAUGACACUGACAGCUCGAAUUCUUUGACAUUUCAAUUCUUUUUCCUUUAAGAUUUAAACGAAAUAAAAUAUAUCCUUUUUAUAUAUCGUUUAGUACACUUAAUAGCACAAAAUAUUGUAUGAUAUCUCCUCGAUAUCGUUCGAUAUUCUGAAUGUGUGACGAUAUCUCGCAGACAUUGUAAUACUAAUAUAGAAUGGGCAUCAAUCA